CUCAAGUUCUGUUGUUGUCGCGCGGCGCGCCGCUCGCGGUGAUAACGCGAUGCAAUGCCGGCCUGCGCACGCGCACAGCUUUAAGCUCGCUCCGACGAUCUGCACCCCCGUUAUGGAAUGGAUAGUAUCGAGUGCCACUGACUCCUAUGGAUAUUGUGAUUAAAAACGUAGUGAUAACGAAUGUGAAAACUAUUGUGCUCUCAAUAAGCGCGAUCGCAACGGAUUUUUAUUAAACUUUUUGAUUUUUUUUCUGUUGGAAAAGUGCUUUUUGAUACCGAUUUAAAAUCGGAUCCGUCGAGGCAUCUUUAAUAUUUUCUUCUGUACGAAAGAGUACGAAAACCGCCGCCAAACUGUCUACCGCAAAUGAGAUUAUACCGAGCUACCACGUCGAAGCGCUAAUAGGUCGGUGGCGCACGAGCCCGAUGAGCGCGUGCGCUGCGGCCGCCAUGCGCGAAAAGCACGCGGCGCCGCGCCGCCUCGCCUCCCCGCCGUCCUCUCCGCUCGAGCACCACGCCAGCCCCCUCGGCUCACCCCGUGCCGACGAACCCUUGGACCUCAGAGUCACACACAAGCGCCCCCAGCGGCUAGAAGAUGAAAACUGCAACUUGAUCACUCCUUCUCCACCGCCACACCCCACGCACCCUGCGCAUCCGGCGCACCCAGCGCUGCUACAAUUCUGCAGGCGGUUACCUCUGGCCUUGCCAGCCUCCUUUGGACGAUACCCUUUCUUGCCCGCUGCGGCCGCGACCCUGCUCGCUCCGGGCGCACCCAGACCUCCACCGGUCCCUCCGAAUCCAGGAGUCAACAGAGCCCGUGACCGCUACACGUGCUCUUAUUGCGGGAAAGCAUUCCCUCGUAGUGCGAAUUUAACUCGACAUUUAAGGACGCAUACCGGCGAACAGCCGUAUCGGUGCAAGUAUUGUGAACGCUCCUUUUCAAUAUCGUCAAAUUUACAACGACACGUGAGAAAUAUUCACAACAAAGAGAGACCGUUCCGCUGCCGUCACUGUGAUCGCUGUUUCGGACAGCAGACGAAUCUAGACAGGCAUUUGAAGAAACAUGAAGCGGAAAAUGGAGACGAUAGUCGCAGGAGAUCCCCUGAAGAGACUUAUUUCGAAGAAAUUAGAUCGUUUAUGGGCCGCGUUGCGCCCGCCCGACGCACUGCGGCCGCCGCGGCGGCGAGCGCCCCAGAUCAUACCUGAUAGCGGCCCUAUAAACUUAAUCAACACUAUAUCUGGUCGGUGUAUCCAAAUGACUUUGUAUUACACAAAUUCGCCCUCAGCCUUUGGCAUUGUGAGUUGUUGUGAUUGAUUAGUAUUAGCGCCAAUGGUUCCAACUUUACUUCUUCUCUUCUCUUUUCACAUAUUC